GAGCGGAGGGCGCGAGAGCUGGUGGUCGUUGCUCGCCGGCCCGGAAGGGGAACUGCGCGCUUGGGUUGACCAGGGACUGAGCAUUUCAGAUCUGCUUGGUAAACCUGGUGCACCACCAUGCUGGCCGCAAGACUUGUGUGUCUCCGGACACUACCUUCCAGGGUUUUCCACCCAGCGCUCACCAAGGCCUCCCCUGUUGUGAAGAAUUCCAUCACGAAAAAUCAGUGGCUCUUACCACCCAGCAGGGAAUAUGCCACCAAGACAAGAAUUGGAAUUCGACGUGGGAAAACUAGCCAAGAACUCAAGGAGGCAGCUUUGGAACCAUCAUUGGAAAAAAUAUUUAAAAUUGAUCAGAUGGGAAGAUGGUUUAUUGCUGGAGGGGCUGCUGUUGGUCUUGGAGCUUUGUGCUACUAUGGCUUGGGAAUGUCUAAUGAGAUUGGAGCUAUUGAAAAAGCCAUAAUUUGGCCUCAGUAUGUGAAGGAUAGAAUUCAUACCACCUAUAUGUACUUAGCAGGAAGUAUCGGCAUAACAGCUUUGUCUGCCCUGGCAGUGAGCAGAACUCCUGCCCUCAUGAACUUCAUGAUGAGAGGCUCUUGGGUGACAAUUGGUGCAACCUUUGCAGCCAUGAUUGGAGCUGGAAUGCUGGUCCAGUCUAUAUCAUAUGACCAGAGCCCAGGCCGAAAGCAUCUUGCUUGGUUACUACAUUCUGGUGUGAUGGGUGCAGUGGUGGCUCCUCUGACAAUAUUAGGGGGGCCUCUUCUCAUCAGAGCUGCAUGGUACACGGCUGGUGUUGUGGGAGGCCUCUCCACUGUGGCCAUGUGCGCACCCAGUGAGAAGUUUUUGAACAUGGGAGCACCCCUGGGCGUGGGCCUGGGUGUCGUCUUUGUUUCCUCACUAGGAUCUAUGUUUCUUCCACCUACCACUGUGGCUGGGGCCACUCUGUACUCAGUGGCAAUUUAUGGUGGAUUAGUUCUUUUCAGCAUGUUUCUUCUGUAUGAUACACAGAAAGUAAUCAAGCGUGCAGAAGUAGUACCAGUGUAUGGAGUUCAAAAGUAUGAUCCCAUCAAUUCGAUGCUGGGAAUCUACAUGGAUACAUUAAACAUAUUUAUGCGAAUUGCCAGUAUUCUAGCAACUGGAGGCAACAGAAAGAAAUGAAGUGACUCAGCUUCUGACUUCCUUAAUACAUCAGAUAUCUGGCUUGUUUAUUAGGGGCAGAUAUUCUUUAAAUAGUUUGUGCAAGCAGCUUUCGUUGAAGUUUAGAAGAUAAGAACUUGUCAACAUGUUUCAGGUGUUCCAGUAAUGUGAUGCUUCAGGUCUGCUUUUUCUUCUGGAGAAUAAAUUCAGUAGUUCUCUUCCAAA